AUGGGAGGCUGUGCGAGCAAACCCAACGAUUUGGAUGGCCAACCGGCACCACUCCCGGUCCCGGCUGACACCCCCGACAGCCCUAAGAAUGCCGAGGGCGAGACCGUUCCCCAAUCCUCACACAUUCCGGCAUUCAUCCCCAUCCUCUCUGCACAAAGCCAAUUUUCUUCGCAAUUCUUAGAAUCAGUCUUAGCACGAAUGCUGAUGCUUUCAGUAGCAUUUGCCGGCGCAUCUUCAAUUUCUGUCUCCACUAUAUCAUUCGUUGUUCCAACCAUUUCUACCAGUUCCAGUAGUACCGCUGGUAGGUUUGUUCGAUUGAGAACUCGAGCCUUCCUCAACAAGCCAUCGACGUCGCUGCAACAAAACACCAAACAAACGCCUUCUGUAGUUUAUGAGAGUCUCAGAAUUCUCGAAUGGGACAAGGUCUGUGACUCCGUCGCUUCCUUUGCCGGCACUUCCCUGGGCAAACAAACUACUAAGGAACAGCUAUGGUCUUUGAAUCAAUCCUACGAACAGAGUAUUGGACUGCUAGAGGAAACCAAUGCGGCGGUGGAGAUGCACAAAUACGGUGCAAUCAUGGAUUUCAGUGGGAUUGAUUUCGAACUUGUGAAAUCUUCCAUCCAACAUACCCGGAGUGGGUUGCCAGUGGAUGGAGGUGCAGCGAUGGCAGUUGUAGAUCUUCUCCAGUUUGCAGAAGCUUUACAGUUUAAUGUCAAAGCUGCAAUCAAGGAAGACGCAGAUUGGUAUCAGCGUUUCAUGCCUCUUGCUGAAACGAUCUUGGAAUUGGUCGUAACCCGUUCGUUAGUGAAGUUCAUACAACAAGUUAUUGAUGAAGAUGGUUCUGUUAGAGAUUCAGCAAGUCCUACCUUGAAACUAUCUCGUGAUCAAAUUCGGCGUAUUGAAAGAAAGUUGUACCAGUUGAUGGAAAGCCUGAUUAGAAAUGAAAUGAAAGAAACUUCCUCACUGGAAGUUAAUAGUCUUGAUGGAAGAUGGUGUAUAAAAUCGGGAGCUGACAUGCGGACAAGUUUUGAGGGCUUAUUGUUAUCAAGUGGUUCAGGUGCAGGUAGCAUUGUGGAGCCACUCUCUGCUGUUCCCCUGAAUGAUGAGUUGCAACAAGCAAGGGCAUCUGCAGCAAAGGCUGAGGCUGACAUGCUUUUGAAGAUAACCGAGAAGAUGCAAGUGGAUCUUGAUGACAUUGAAAAUUUAUACAACAGUAUGAUUCAACUGGACGUGAUCAACGCUCGUGCAAAAUAUAGUCUUUCAUUUGGAGGCACAUGUCCUGAUCUAUUUUUGCCAGAAGACACUGAGAGUUGUCUUACUGUCAAAGCCUUAUCAGGGGAAAAACUUUCAGUGGCAUCACACUCCACUCAGAGGAAAUGGACACUGUAUCUGCCAAAAGCUUAUCAUCCUUUAUUACUUCAACAGCAUCGGCACAGUGUGCAGAAGGCCAUAAAGGAUGUCAGUAACGCUACUGCUGAUAUACGGAGGAGAAAACAACAAGGAGGGAUUCAGAAGGGAGAUGCAGAUAUAAAUCUUUCAUCCUUGGAAAUGGAGUUAAUUCCAAUUGAUAUUUUCGUUGCUGAGAAAACUAGAGUUCUGGUAAUAACUGGUCCAAAUACUGGAGGCAAAACAAUUUGUUUAAAGACAAUUGGAUUAGCUGCUAUGAUGGCAAAAUCAGGUAUUUAUGCAUUAGCUUCUGAACCUGUAAAGAUCCCUUGGUUUGAUUCUGUUUUUGCUGAUAUUGGUGAUGAACAGUCCUUGUCUCAAUCAUUGUCUACUUUCUCUGGCCAUUUGAAACAAAUAAGUGAGAUUAAAUCGCACUCAACAGAUCGGUCAUUGGUGCUAUUAGAUGAAGUAGGUGCCGGGACAAAUCCCCUAGAAGGAGCUGCACUUGGGAUGUCUCUGCUGGAGUCUUUUGCCAAAGCUGGUGCUUUGUUGACAAUUGCUACAACACAUCAUGGAGAACUCAAAACCCUAAAAUACAGUGACGAUGCAUUUGAAAAUGCCUGCAUGGAGUUUGAUGAAGUGAACUUGAGGCCAACUUAUCGGAUUCUCUGGGGAGUACCAGGGCGGUCAAAUGCAAUCAACAUAGCCGAAAGGCUAGGAUUACCCAACAUGGUCUUAAACAAUGCUCGUGAACUGUAUGGAGCAGCUAGUGCAGAGAUUAACGAGGUUAUAGUUGAUAUGGAGACGUUUAAACAGAAUUUUCAUGAGCAUAUCCAUGAGUCGCAACGUUAUCUGGCGCUGUCAAGAGAUCUUCAUGAAAAUCUUCUAGAAACCAGAAGGAAGGUCAUGAAACAUGGAAUUGAUCAAAGAUACAGGAAGAUGAGAGAGAUAUCCGAGGCAGUAGCAAUAGCACGUUCUAUCCUUCACAAGAAACUCCGACAGCUUCGUGCCUCUGCCACUCAGCCUCUCCAGCUUAAUACAGCAGAUAACAGCCAGGAUGCAUCGGCAUUUAACUGUCUGCAUACUACAGCAGNGCAUGGAAUUGAUCAAAGAUACAGGAAGAUGAGAGAGAUAUCCGAGGCAGCAGCAAUAGCACGUUCUAUCCUUCACAAGAAACUCCGACAGCUUCGUGCCUCUGCCACUCAGCCUCUCCAGCUUAAUACAGCAGAUAACAGCCAGGAUGCAUCGGCAUUUAACUGUCUGCAUACUACAGCAGAUAUUACUGAAAAUUCUAUAGCAACUCAGAGUCCAUACGCCAACAAUAUUGAGCAACCACCAUCAGAGAAGAGGGCUGAACUUCCAAAGAUUGGAGACGUGGUGCAUGUAUCUUCUCUUAACAAGAAAGCAACAGUCUUAAAAGUGGAGCCAUCUAAAGAAGAAAUUGUAGUUCAAGCUGGUAACAUGAAAAUGAAGUUGAAACUAGCGGAUGUUACUGUGUGCAAUAUAGUCACAGCGGAAGAUGUAUACCUUACAGUUCUUACAUUUGCAACCUCUGACCCUGCAAUACCCUGA